AUGCUGAACCCUAAUGCAUCACAUGCCGCCCACCACAGUUUCAUUUUGACAGGUAUCCCGGGAAUGCCGGAUAAAAACCUGUGGAUGGCCUUUCCCCUGGGAUUUCUCUACACCCUAACUCUCCUGGGAAAUGGCACCAUCCUAGCUGUCAUCAAGGUAGAUCAGAGCCUCCACGAGCCCAUGUACCAUUUCCUCUCUAUCUUGGCUUUGACUGACGUUAGUCUCUCCAUGUCCACCUUGCCCUCCAUGCUCAGCAUCUUCUGGUUUAAUGCCCCUGAGAUUCCCUUUGAUGCGUGCAUCACACAGAUGUUCUUCAUCCAUGGAUUCGGAGUGGUAGAAUCAGGCGUAUUAGUGUCCAUGGCCUUCGACAGAUUUGUGGCCAUCCGAGACCCACUACGCUAUGCGUCCAUCCUCACCCAAGGCAUCAUUGGCAAGAUUGGAGUAGCUGUCGCCACUCGUGCAAUCUGUGUGGUCUUCCCUGUGCCCUUCCUUAUAAAGCGGCUGCCCUUCUGCCGUUCCAAUGUCUUGUCUCAUUCCUACUGUCUCCACCAAGAUGCCAUGAGGCUGGCCUGCGCCAGCACCCGCAUCAACAGCCUCUAUGGCCUCAUCGUAGUCAUCUUCACACUGGGGCUUGAUGCCCUCAGCAUUCUCUUUUCUUACGUGCUCAUCCUGAAGACAGUGCUGAGCAUCGCCUCCCGAACUGAAAGGCUUCAAGCGCUCAACACCUGCCUCUCUCACAUCUGCGCUGUGCUCCUCUUCUACGUUCCUCUCAUUGGCGUCACCAUGGUCCACAGAUUUGGGAAGCACCUGUCGCCUGUGGUGCACACUCUCAUGGCCAACGUCUACCUCUUGCUGCCCCCUGUCCUGAACCCCAUUGUUUACAGCGUGAAGACCAAGCAGAUUCGGAGCAGGAUCGCCCACGUGUUCCAGAGGACAAGGAACGGGGUCUAG